GUCAUGAGGUCAAAGGUAACCGGAAGCUGUUGGCUGCAGCCUGGAGAUAGAGCUAUACACAGACACACACAAAACCCUGUAGAAUCAUCGUAUAAUGUGCACUUUGACAUACGUCUUUAUGGAUAACGGGUUUGUUUUGUGUUCCGUUCGAUUGGAAGAAUGAAAAGAUGUCGGAAUUAUUUUAAGACGAGCGGUUAAAACUGACUUUAAACCCGGAAGUGGAGCAAAGCAGCAGGUGUUAGCCUAGCCGCUAACACUCUUUAUCUCUUCCAAAUCCUAUAUGAGGGAGCGAUUUUGUUUUAAAUCAUUGAUCUUACAUUCAUUCUGCUAUUUAAAGUCACAUAUUGUGCCUGUCAUGCGUGUCAGUGUUGAGACGCGUCGUUUAUUCGGCUGUGAGCUGGGUGAGAUGUGAGAUCAGUGUGAUACACAGUUCCAGCUGUCAGAUACUCAUCACUCUCAUCUGAUCUAUGUGAUUGUGAUUAAAUUGAUCAGUCACUUUGGUCAUCUCUGGGUCAUUCGGAAACCAUGGAAACACCAAAUAUGCUUUAAUAUAUUAUGCAUUUUAUUAGACAGGAGUGUUUGGACCCAGCAACUGUGACAUCAAAUGUCAGACUUAACAACCAGGAACCUGCAGACAUGAGUGGCAAAUUUGGCCUUGUGAAUUACAGCUCAAGGAAGCACAUCUCCAUAUCUGUUCCCUCGUCCACAGAGGUGAUGUCACCUCAUAUUAAAUCAGUGGAGGAGCUCAAAGUGCUGGGCAUCAACCUGAGCAGCUUCAACACACCAACACAGUUCUUCAUCUGUGUGGCUGGCGUCUUUCUCUUUUACCUCAUCUACGGCUACCUGCAGGAGCUGAUAUUCUCAGUGGAGGGAUUUAAGCCAUUUGGCUGGUAUCUGACUUUAGUACAGUUUGGAUUUUACUCCUUAUUUGGCUUGGUGGAGUUGCAGCUUACUCAGGAUAAAAGGAGGAGGAUACCAUGCAAAACUUACAUGAUCAUCGCAUUUUUAACAGUUGGGACCAUGGGCCUAUCCAACACUUCUUUAGGAUACUUGAACUAUCCCACACAAGUCAUCUUUAAGUGCUGCAAGCUCAUUCCUGUCAUGAUCGGAGGAGUUUUUAUACAAGGGAAACGCUACAACGUUGCGGAUGUGUCUGCUGCUCUGUGCAUGAGUCUUGGUCUGAUCUGGUUCACUCUGGCAGACAGUAAGAUUGCCCCAAACUUCAAUGUAACAGGUGUAAUUCUCAUAUCCCUGGCCCUCUGUGCGGAUGCUGCUAUUGGAAAUGUGCAGGAAAAAGCAAUGAAAAUCCAUAACGGAACCAACUCUGAGAUGGUCUUAUAUUCCUAUUCUAUUGGUUUUGUGUAUAUUCUGUUGGGUCUGCUGUCUGUUGGGGGGAUUGGACCUGCUGUUUCCUUCUGCUCUCAGCAUCCAGUGACAACAUAUGGUUACGCAUUCUUCUUUUCACUGACGGGAUAUUUUGGCAUUUCAUUCGUCCUGGCUCUGAUAAAGCUGUUUGGAGCACUGGUCGCUGUCACAGUGACUACGGGAAGGAAAGCCAUGACUAUUGUAUUGUCCUUUCUGUUCUUUUCAAAACCUUUCACUUUUCAGUACGUCUGGGGUGGUUCUCUGGUGGUGUUUGGCAUCUUCCUAAAUGUUUACAGUAAAAACAGAGACAAAAUGAAGCUUCCCUCUUUAGCAGAGCUCAGAAAGCAAGUGCUUGGCGGGAGGAAGGUGCGCCUGCUGUCUCAGGACGUGUAGGAGAAUGAACUCAAAUAUUUUAUUGAUGGACUUCUCCUACUUCCUACAUCAACUGAUACUCAGGUGUGGUUUGGAGUCGGAUUGCCACGCACAGUCGAAUCAGCACGCAUGGAGCGUGGGGACCUGUUUGAAUCAAAGGGACUGUAAUCUAGAGCCAAAAAAGCAAAGAUUUGCACUGGACAAAGGUGGAAACUGAAGGUGGAAACCAUUUUGUUGGAAGAUUCCUUUUUUUUUUAACAAAUCAUGUCCAAGUGAAUGUUGGCCUAACGGAGCCAGUGACAUUUUAAAUGAAAACAUUUCACCUGCAUGUGCCAUAAAAUAAUGGCAACAGUUGACAUACAAGUCAGGACUCUAUUUUUUGAGUAAACUGCAGUUGCACAGGUGAAAAACGUAAAUGAUUCUGUCUGUUUAAAGGGCUGAUGUUCGGAAAAGGAUCAACUUAUCAGCUGCCGUAUUUGCUAACCAUUUGUUUGGUGAAAAGGUGGCUGUUUUUACAUUAAAAACAAACUGGGAAGUUGA